AUGGUUGCUCUAUCCACGGAACGAGAUCAGGAACCAUCCAGCUCCCUUGCGACCUCGCGUGUCAAGUCACAGGCCACAGAACAACUUCGACGCAGACAGAAUGCAUCUGCUAGAUUAAACCUGGAUGACUCUGCGCCAUCAACCUCCCCUCCCGGCAAGCUCCGGCGCAACUCAACGUUCUCGGACACUGUCACUGAGACCCGUCGGUCUAUAAAAUCAUCAACAGACGAUUUAUUCUUUCCUCGUGCCAGCAAUAGUAUGGGACGCACCAGUCCCGACGAUACGGACUCCCACUGGCAUUCAAGCCCCCUCGUGCUAGCUCUUCUACCAGGUCUAGGGGGGCUUCUCUUUCACAAUGGAGCUGCUGUCUUCACAGAUGUCGCCUUGCUAUCUAUUUCAGCAGUCUUCCUAAACUGGGAAUGGUACUUUGCCGCUCAGGAGAGAGUUCAGCUAGUAACUGACGCCUCCGACGGCGAAUAUUUAGAUGAGUCCGACACGGAGAAUUGCGUUCCCUUGGACAAUUCAGUUAAUGGGGAAAAUUCUCACUCUUCGCCGCCCCGAAAGGCAUCUGCAAUAGCAUGUCAAAAUGCGAAAUCUGAAUUGCAUAUCCACGAACUUUCAGCACUUGCAUCAUGCUUCCUAUUCCCUGUUUUAGCAGCGUACCUUCUGCAUUCUAUCAGGUUUAAGCUAUCACGCCCAUCCGAAGGACUAGUUUCAAACUACAGUCUUACUCUGUUUCUUCUUGCAGCCGAAAUACGUCCCGUCUCGCAUUUGCUCAAAAUGGUGCAAGCCAGAACCCUUUACCUACAACGUGUGGUUGAAUGUAACCAACCGAGGAGCCUUAGCGACAAGGUCCCGGGCUCGGAUGCAAUUGCUGAGCUUUCAAACCGACUUGAUGAGCUAGAAUCCCGUUUUUCGACGGCAAGCCUAGAGCUUAAUUCCGUUGAGGAAAGUCAGAGCAAACUUCAUCCCCCUAAGGAACUUGUUGAGGAGGCACGAAAGGCUAUGAAGAGUGAUAUAUAUACCCUUGAUAAAUUGGUUCGCAGCCAAGAGAAACGUUAUACCACUAUCUCAGCCAAGUUGGAUGCACAUACGACCCACGAAUUCUUUGAUGAACAGUAUAAUACUUACUGUUUUGUCUUUUGCGACUUCACCCUUACGGAUCGUCUGGUCCAUGAUCAAAUUACCCAUACACUCCUUUGCGUGGAUAUACCACGGUCAGAAGACAAGUCAGGGGCGUGUAAAUAA